UCAGAUGGAAUGGCAGAUCCUUCUAGCUAUGUCAAUCACGACCGUGACGUCGACCAAGCACUCAUUGCUUUGAAAAAAGGUUGUCAAUUACUUAAGUAUAGUCGGAAAGGGAGGCCUAAGUUUCGCUCUUUCAGGCUUUCACGGGAUGAAACAACAUUGCUUUGGCUCUCACACGGAGAAGAAAAAAGUUUGAAGUUAUCUACAGUUUCACGACUUCUCCCUGGACAAAGAACUGCUGUUUUUCGAAGAUAUUUACGUCCAGAAAAAGAUUACUUGUCAUUCUCUCUUAUAUAUCACAACGGAGAUAGAUCUCUUGAUCUGAUCUGCAAGGACAAAGCAGAGACAGAAGUUUGGUUUACAGGACUUAAGUCUUUAAUUAGAAAAAACCAUAACAAGCAAGCUAGAAGUGAGGUCCCUGAGAUACAUGACAGUGAUAUUUUCUCUACUGGUCGUCCUUCAACUGCAUCAUUAGAAUUUAUACCGAACAACAAUAAUCGCAGAGGAAGAACAUCCCUUGAUUUAGGACCCCGUAAUAACUCUCCGACUCCUUUCAGAGACUCAGAUGUCGCUCCGGAACGUAUAAGCAUGCUAAGACCAAGUACUGAUGGUUUUCGGAUUAGUAUCUCAAGCGCACCAAGUUGUUCUAGUGGAGGGUCCGGUGGUCCUGAUGACAUUGAGUCUUUAGGCGAUGUUUAUGUCUGGGGUGAAGUUUGGAGUGACGGGAUAUCAUCAUCAUACAACGGCACCAUGAACUCAAAAACCGUGAGAACAGAUGUACUGAUUCCAAGACCCUUAGAAUCAAACGUUGUUCUUGAUGUUCAUCAGAUUGCUUGCGGCAUAAGGCACAUCUCUCUUGUGACAAGACAAGGUGAAGUGUUUACAUGGGGAGAAGAAGCUGGAGGAAGGCUUGGACAUGGUAUUCAAGUCGAUGUUAGUCGUCCAAAACUCGUUGAGUUUCUUGCUUUGACCAACAUUGAUUUUGUUGCUUGUGGAGAGUAUCAUACUUGUGCUGUAUCUACCGCUGGAGACUUGUUUACUUGGGGAGAUGGAAUCCAUAACGUUGGUCUAUUAGGACAUGGUAGUGAUCUUAGUCAUUGGAUACCAAAAAGAGUAUCUGGUCCUGUUGAAGGACUUCAGGUCUUGUCCGUCGCUUGUGGCACAUGGCACUCUGCGCUAGCAACUGCCAAUGGGAAGUUAUUCACUUUUGGUGAUGGAGCGUUUGGUGUUCUUGGACAUGGAGACAGAGAGAGUGUUUCAUAUCCUAAAGAGGUGAAGAUGUUGAGUGGCCUUAAAACCAUGAAAGUAGCUUGCGGCGUGUGGCAUACCGUGGCUAUAGUCGAGGUUAUCAAUCAGACCAGUACGAGUGUUUCAUCGAGAAAGUUGUUUACUUGGGGUGAUGGUGAUAAAAACAGGUUAGGACAUGGGAACAAAGAGACUUACUUGAUUCCAACUUGUGUCUCUUCACUAAUCGACUACAACUUCCAGCAAAUAGCUUGUGGUAAUACAUUGACAGUUGCACUCACUACCUCGGGACAUGUUUUCACUAUGGGAGGAACUUCACAUGGUCAGCUCGGUAGCUCGAAUUCAGAUGGUAAAUUGCCUUGUUUGGUUCAAGAUCGAUUGGUAGGUGAAUUCGUUGAGGAAAUUGCUAGUGGAGACCAUCAUGUUGCUGUGUUAACAUCUAGAAAUGAAGUCUUCACUUGGGGCAAAGGCUCUAAUGGAAGACUAGGACAUGGUGACACCGAAGAUCGAAAAACGCCAACAUUAGUUGAAGCUCUAAAAGAGAGGCAUGUGAAGAGCAUAUCAUGUGGCUCUAACUUUACAUCAAGCAUAUGCAUCCAUAAGUGGGUCUCAGGAGCUGAUCAAUCAGUUUGCUCUGGUUGUCGUCAACCAUUCGGCUUUACAAGAAAGAGACAUAACUGUUACAACUGCGGUUUAGUGCACUGUCAUGCUUGUAGUUCCAAGAAAGCUUUGAAGGCAGCACUAGCUCCAACUCCAGGGAAGCCACACCGUGUUUGUGAUGCUUGUUACGCUAAACUUAAAGCUGGCGGGGACAACUCUAAUGCUGCUAAUAGAUAUAACACAACUCCUAGCGCGGUAAGACCAGUCAGAGAAACAAGGUCGUCAAGGAUUAUAUUGACCCCAAAAACAGAACCAGUCAAGUACUCUGAAGUUAGGUCAUCAAGAUCUGAGUCUUCUAUUGUCAGAUCCUCACAAGUCCCAGCUCUUCAACAGCUUAAAGAUGUUGCAUUCCCGAGCUCCCUUAGCGCUAUUCAAAAUGCUUUUAAACCAAAUUCAACAUCAAGAAGAGGAGGAAGCCCUCCACACAGUUCUGGAUUUUCUAGGAGCGUGGUUGAUAAUUUGAAGAAGACAAGUGGUAAAAUAAACCAAGAAAUGACAAAAUUGCAGAGCCAGGUUAGAAAACUGAAACAGAAAUGUGAUAGUCAAGGCAUAGAGAUUCAAAGAUUAAGGAAAACAGCAAGAGAAGCUUCUGAAUUAGCUAUAAGGCAUUCUUCAAAGCAUAAAGCAGCGACAGAGGUCAUGAAAUCUGUGGCUGAACAUUUGAGAGAGUUGAAGGAGAAACUACCCCCUGAAGUAUCUAAAUGUGAAGCUUUUGAAUCCAUGAAUUCUCAAGCUGAAGCCUAUCUAAACGCGAGCGAAGCAGCUGAAACAUCUCAAGACACAACCCUUUCUGAAAACUCACAAGACCAAAACAUAGAAGAACAUCCAUCAUCAUCUAAUGGAGGUGCCAUGAUGUCUCAAGAACCUUCAAACACAACAAAUAUAAAUCCUCACCCGUCGGAUUCAAGGCCACCAGCAGAAGCUUCAUCGUCACCAUCAAAAUCAGGAGGCAAGGAGCUUAUCGAACAAUUUGAACCUGGUGUUUAUGUUACUUAUGUAUUGCACAAAAAUGGUGGAAAGAUCUUUAGAAGAGUUAGAUUCAGUAAACGGAGAUUUGAUGAGCAUCAAGCAGAAGAAUGGUGGAAUAGCAAAAAAGAUAGGAUGCUUAAGAGUUAUAGUCAUCAGGUUUCAUCAUCAGGUCCUAUGGCUACCGAGUCAGUUCCUACACCAACUUCAGUUCAACCGCCAUCUUCGCCGACACAGCCAAAUUCUGAUGAUCAAGAAGGGGGGUUAAAAAUAAGUUCUUGAAAGCUGGUUAUGUGUAUACUAGUAAUCGACUUAAUAGAUUGGAGAACAAGGCAUCAUUGGGUGUCACUACUGUAGAUCUGAGUAACCCAAAGUAGAUACAAAGAUUUAAAUGUUUCUUUGCAGUCAAGAUUCACGGUUUCUCGGUUUCAAACCUUGAACUUUUUAGGUGGGAACCAAAAAAAGUUUAUUUCCAGUAGAUCAUUAGCAACAGCAGGUACAGUCGCAACCACUGGUUCCCUGUUUUUGGCGACUUGCUGCUUUCAUAGUUUAAUAUAACGGUGAUGAACUCCUAAUUCCAAUGGAUUUUUUUCUUUUUGUAAAUAUCAUUAACUAGGUAAUGAAAAUAUGAUUACAAGAACUUGCAAUCUCAUCUGCUAUAAAGCUAAUCAGAUGCAAAAGACCCCAAAAAAUAUAAAAAACCUUAAGCAUCUAUUUUAAAUAGUAGAAAUUGAUCAAAAGAACAAUACUUUGAUCUACCAUUGAUAUACUAUGAAUUUUACUGGUUUUUAUCCAUAGUAUAUACCUUAUUUAUAGUCUUUAUAUUAUGUUUUGAGUCUAUUUUAGAGUCUUUUUAGGUCCAAAUAUAUUUUGGAGCACUAUGGAAAUCAUGAAACCAUUUGAAACAUAAAGAUGAGGAAACUCGUAGCUGUUCAAGAAAAUAGAAAUCAAGCCGAGUUUUGCAAAGAGUGUUGAUUGACACUUUCCUUGGUGCCGCUCGACAUUGACGCUAUGGGUCAGCUCUAUUCUAGAAUCAAGUUUGGUCCAAAAGUCUCCACAUAUUACAAGAUUGCUUCUGACCGACUUUAUACCUAAUAUAUAUAGUUUUAAGUCAUUGUUUAGGCUAAGAGACUUUAAGAUACUUUAUUAGAAAUUUUAUUAUUUUGGAGAGAAGAUAAGAAGACUCCUUCAAAGAUUUGAGUGGAACUACGGUAUUUCUUACUCUAUAUUUUUUAUGCAAUUCAUUCAGUUUAUCUCUA